CGGAAAAUGGCCUUAUUCCAGUUCGUUGGCCAACAUGUGCCCUCAUUGGGCAUUGGAUUCACUCGGGCUUUCACUACCUCCAGGGUGUGCUUUGCCUAUAAGUUGGUAGUUAAGCCCCCAGUGGAGGAAAGCAUUCAAACGGGUCUCGAUCACACUGCAAGGAGCCUGCUUUUUACGGAGAUAGCGAAAGGGUUUGCAAUCACUCUCGGGAUGGUCUUCAAAGAGCCGGCCACUAUAAAUUAUCCGUUUGAGAAGGGCCCUUUGAGCCCAAGAUUUCGCGGGGAGCAUGCUCUUCGCCGGUACCCCAGUGGUGAAGAGCGGUGCAUCGCUUGCAAGCUGUGUGAGGCCAUUUGCCCUGCUCAGGCAAUUACCAUUGAGGCGGAACCAAGGUCUGAUGGCAGUCGUCGCACUACUCGUUACGACAUCGAUAUGACAAAAUGCAUAUAUUGCGGAUUUUGUCAGGAAGCUUGUCCUGUCGAUGCUAUUGUGGAGGUAGGUGGAUGUUUGGUGAUUUGCUGUUGCUGUUCGCACACUUGA